GAAGAGAAACGAUGCCAAGUACAUGAAUAACCGGCAGCUGACCCAGCUGAGUACCAAACUCAACACCAUCUUCCUGAAGAUUUCAUGACUUCGCCCCCGCCCCCCAUUCGCCCCCCACCCCCCUCGAUUGUUAACAUGAAAGAAAAACAUAAAGAAAGAAUACCUGUCACAACAGGGCGCACCUUUCAACUAAGGAACUCCGGGUGGCUGUGUAGAACCAUCCUCACCCUGGAAAGGGGGAAACUGAAAGAAAAAGCAGAACACGCCAUUAACAAGGCCAGAACCCCGACUGCCAUUCCUGGACGGGAGCCACCAACACCCGCAAAAUCGAUCGAUUCAGCCUGGGACGCUUGCUGUUUCCGAACCUCUGUUGCCACCUAUCCCAGUUUGGAGGGAAUUUUCCCAAGGAUGGCUUCAUGACCACACUGCUGUAGGAAGUCAUAAGUUGGAAAUCAACAGGCCUGGCUUGAAGUGUGGCCUUAGGCAACACCGUUCUCAUCUACAUCUGGAUUCUCCAACAAAGCUG